ACAACCACGACCACAACAACCACGACCACAACAACCACGACCACAACAACCACGACCACAACAACCACAACAACCACGACCACCACAACCACAACAACCACGACAACAACCAUAGCACCCCCACCACCUCCACCACCUCCAACAACAACGACUACGACGACGACUACGACAACAGUGACAACUACUACUGCGACAACUAUUCCCCCUCAGUUUCAGCCACCCCCACCUCCAAAACCUUUGCCACCCCCUGCAAAACCCAAACCAUUUCAGUCUCCCCCUCCUCCGCCUCGACCUCCUCCCCCACCACGUCCCCCAAUUCAUCUUUGCCCAGAACACCCUCAAAUUACUUCACUGCCUUGCCCAGUUUCAGUUCCUGCUGCCCCACUUUGCUCAACAGUUUUCCCCCCUCCUUGUCCACAAGUUGUUGUGGUCGAGACACUCAUUUGUCACUCAGGAGGAGGACCUCCUCCUUGUCCUUCAGGAGAAACCUUGACUCCUUCACCUUGUUCCUCGUCCAGAACUCCAGGGUGUCCCUCCAAUCCUGUACGACCAAUUGUCAGGCCUAGACCUAAACCCAGGCCCAGACCAAAGCCACAAGAGUUCUUUCCACAAAAACCUCCUAAGCCCAUCAUUCCACCUGACGCCUUGUAUGAAACUCCUACUGCAAAUUUUGCCUCUCCCCAAGACGUACCAAAAUACGAAUGCGAUACUCCAGCCCCUUCCGAAGAUAAUUACAAUGAAGAGGACGAUGAUCAAUUAGUGCACAAUGUGGAUGAAACAAUCUUUGAAGAGACAAAUCCCGAAUUACAAUCUGUCUCUGUGACUCAAUCAUGCUGUCAACCCCCGGCUACUCAACAAGCACCACCACCACCACCACCCUCCAACAAUGUAGACUAUGAAUAUGAAGACUAUUUUGAAGAAACCAUUUCCAAUGAAAAACCUAAGCCAGUUUACCGACCUCCUUCCCAGUACACAUGUUUCGUGGGGGGAUAUGGGAACUACGGACCCGUGCGGACCGUAAUACCUUAUGUAAAACGUGUGGUUAAACCCGUGAGAUUUGCUCCUUUGCCCACUGGUAUGCCCAUCGGCACGUCCGGUUGCUUUACCACGGUUCGGCGCAAAGUUGUCUACUCUUGUACUCCCGGAGCUAUGGUUGGUCGAGUUCGGUAUGGUAGAAAUGCUGGUGGUCCUGUAAUCAAAAGAGGUGGUUGCUACUCCUUCACUAAUCGAAAGAGGGGGUGGACCCCAAUUGGCAAGCGCAUGAACAGAUUCAGACAAGGAUGUUCCAUGGUUCGGAUGGGACGCUACAUUGUUGCUACCGGCGGAAAAGAGGUCGUCAAUCCUCUAGACUCGAUAGAAGUUUUAAACACCCGCGAACCAAGGAAAUGGAGCAAUCUUGGGAAAGUAAGAUUACCCGCCCCAACUUACGACCAUUGUGCAGUGGCACUAAAUCGAACAACAAUGAUGAUUACUGGCGGCUUUGGUCAAGAGUCUCAAGCAGCACUGCUCGAUAUUCGUUCUCAAAGAUGGACCAAGUUGCCUCAGCUACUCCACGGAAGGCGCAAGCACUCUUGUAUGAAGACUACCAUCAAUGGUAGACCAGGAGUGGUCGUUGCCGGAGGAGAGCACAACUUCAGACCUAAUCUUCGUUCUUUGGAGUUUUUUGACCUCAGGGAAGGAAGAUGGAAUAAUCUUGGAACCAUGAGACAAGGGCGGAAAUUUCCCGGUUUAACGGCCAUAGAUCAGCAAUUGGUGGUAGCAGGUGGAGAAUACAAAAACUCUACGGGACACACUGUAGUUUUAGACGAUUUGGAAACCCUUCAAGGGCGGAAUUGGACACCAAUGAAUGAGCGGCUCUCUCAACCAAGGAGUCGAUUCUCCACUGUCAAAAUUCCAUCUGAACACUUUUACUAACUCGAAAUGUAAUGCCACUCAUUCUUUGCCCCUUACACUUCCAUAUCCCAUUCAUUACACUUACUUUUCGAGUUUAUGUGGUAGAUGAAAAUGUUUUGAUGAACAUGUCUCGAAUCCAAUUGAACGCUUGACUUAUUCGACUCUUGAUAGC